CGUGGCCCCGAGGCGGCUCUUGAGCAGCACGUGGCGCAGCCUGGAGCGCGAGAGGGCUUGCUGGCAGACUUGUCUGAGGAUCUGACAGAGGCGAAGCGCAGGACUUGUAAUCAGUGAAAUAAAAAAAGAAAAAGAAAGAGAAGAUCACAGGCAAAUCAGAAUCACUACUCUCCUACAGCAAUGGGUUGGCUGGAAGAACCAAAGUGGCAGCUUCACAUUUCCUUGAUCGUGCUACUUUCCAUGCACACGAAGGGUGCCUUGGCUGGACCAGUUGUUGAUCCACAUGUAACAGCAGUUUGGGGGAACAAUGUCACCCUGAAAUGCAUAAUUGAAAUAAAUGGAACAAUAACACAAAUCUCAUGGGAGAAGAUACAUGGUAAAAGUAAACAGACCAUUGCUGUUCAUCAUCCUGAAUAUGGGUUUUCUGUUCAAGGAGAAUACCAAGGAAGAGUGUCAUUUAAGAACUACUCACUUACUGAUGCAACUAUCACCCUAAACAAUAUAAGCUUCUCUGAUUCAGGAGAAUAUGUAUGCAAAGCAGUUACAUUCCCACUAGGAAAUGCUCAGUCAUCAACAACUGUAACUGUAUUGGUUGAACCCAUUGUGAGCCUAACAAAGGGACCAAACUCUUUAAUAGAUGGUGAAAAUCAGACAAUAGCAGCCAUUUGUACAGCAGCCACUGGAAAACCUGCUGCAGAUAUUGAUUGGGAAGGAGGUCUUGGAGAAAUGGAAUCCAGUUCUACUUUAUUUCCAAAUGAAACUGUGACGGUUGUCAGUCAGUACAAACUCAUACCCACCAAAUUUGCCAGAGGAAGACGCAUAACUUGUGUUGUGAGGCAUCCGGCUUUGGAAAAGGAGCUGAGAUAUCCUUACACAUUGGACGUACUAUAUGCCCCUGAAGUUUCAGUAACUGGAUAUGAUGGAAACUGGUUCAUUGGAAGAGAGCAUGUUCAGCUCCGGUGUAAUGCUGAUGCAAAUCCACUGCCCAUGGAAUUUACAUGGACCAGGUUAGAUGGGCAAUGGCCUGAAGGUUUAAUGUCUUCAAAUAAUACUCUGCAUUUCAACAGUCCAUUGACUUUCAAUUAUACUGGGACUUACGUCUGUAAGGUGACCAAUUCCCUUGGACAAAGAAGUGAUCAAAAGACGAUCUACAUUUUAGUUGAACCCAUUGUGAGCCUAACAAAGGGACCAAACUCUUUAAUAGAUGGUGAAAAUCAGACAAUAGCAGCCAUUUGUACAGCAGCCACUGGAAAACCUGCUGCAGAUAUUGAUUGGGAAGGAGGUCUUGGAGAAAUGGAAUCCAGUUCUACUUUAUUUCCAAAUGAAACUGUGACGGUUGUCAGUCAGUACAAACUCAUACCCACCAAAUUUGCCAGAGGAAGACGCAUAACUUGUGUUGUGAGGCAUCCGGCUUUGGAAAAGGAGCUGAGAUAUCCUUACACAUUGGACAUACUAUAUGCCCCUGAAGUUUCAGUAACUGGGUAUGAUGGAAACUGGUUCAUUGGAAGAGAGCAUGUUCAGCUCCGGUGUAAUGCUGAUGCAAAUCCACUGCCCAUGGAAUUUACAUGGACCAGGUUGGAUGGGCAAUGGCCUGAAGGUUUAAUGUCUUCAAAUAAUAUUCUGCAUUUCAACAGUCCAUUGACUUUCAAUUAUACUGGGACUUACGUCUGUAAGGUGACCAAUUCCCUUGGACAAAGAAGUGAUCAAAAGACGAUCUACAUUUUAGAUCCUACUACUACUACUACACGACCACCCACGGUCCCAUGGCAUCCUUCGACUGACGGCAUCAGAGGUUUAGCAACAGAACCAAAACUAAUGCAUUUUCCAACAUCAACCUUGUCUUCCAGCAUUGCUGGCAAUUGGGGUACCAUCAUCACUAGUGCAGUGGGUGGGACUCUCUUUCUGAUACUUGUAAGUGUUUUGGUUGGAAUUAUCUGCUAUAGGAGAAGACGGAUGGUGCGUCGUUACUACUUUGCUAGGAACUACAUUUUACCAUCAGAUAUGCAAGAAAUGUCUCAAAUAGAUGUUCUCCAAUCAGAUGAUGUGGACUCUUAUCCUGACAGUAUAAAAAAAGUAAAACAUCCAGUGAACAGUUUAAUAGCAAAAGAUUAUUUAGAAGACCCAGACAAUCCAGAAUGGAACAAUGUAGACAGUAUUAACGGAUCCCAAGAACGGUAUGAAAGACCAAUGGAUUAUUAUGAAGGAGGAACACUGGGAAUGCAGUACAUGGGUGGUAAAUGUUAUGAUGACAAUGAAGAAGACUUUGUGUCACAUGUAGAUGUCUCAGUAAUAUCCCAGAAGGAGCGACAUGUGUAGUAACCACUGAUACAGUUCCAUUCAUUAGUUGAUCACUUUCAGGUUGUUUAUAUUUUUACUUGAGGAAAAACAAGCUUUUUGAAGUUGAUUUUCAAGCUUUUGAUAUUGUAAAAAUCUGGGUUAAAUGUAUCUGAGCUGCUUUAUGAUUUUUCAAUGCUGUACUACUGUCUUUGAAAAUAUUGGAAUGUUGAUACAUUUUGCUUUAUUCGUCUACUGCACAUGUAAGAACCAAGUGCUAAUUAAGUUACCAUACAACAAUGUUAGAGUGAAAAAGCAGCUCUCUUGGCUUUGUGAUUUAAAAACAGUUUACCUGAGACUAUGAUCAAGUAUGAUCAAGCACAUGUUUUUUUUAUAUAUAUAUACACAUUUUAGACAAAAAACGAGUGAAUUCGUCUCAAAGCUGAAGUUAAUCUAAGGUAAAUUCAAUUCUUAAAAGUAAUUUUUACUAUAAAAAACAUGGAUUUGCUUAAAUCUGUUUUUUUCAAAGGUAUGUUUUACUUUUCUACACAAAAAUGAAUACCUCUUUGUUUUAAUGAGCCUUCCUGUAAUGCAUAGUUAGUGGUAACUUUUUUUUAAAGAAAACAUGUUGCAUUGAAAAAGUUAGAAUUCUCAAUGAAGGCGUUUUAGAGGAAUAACAAUGAAUAUAUGGAAAGUUUUGUCUUGUAGCUGAUUUUUGAGAACCAUUUUUUUACAUUACAGUUCAUUUCCAAAAAGUAUUAUUAUAGUCUAUGUACAGGAUUAGUCAGUUAUAGUCCUGGAAUUCACAUGAGAUCAAAACCGGAUUCUUGAACUUAAGAAGAGAAUUGUCAACUAGAAAUAAGAUGAUGCCAGGAAAGUUUUUACUGGGGAUUGGGAAAUACAAGGUUAGGUCUCAUUUCAGAUACAAAUUCUAAGUGUAUGGGGAAAACAGAUGGAGUUAAUGUAGCUAAGAUAUAUAAGUUUAAGAUUUUAGCAGAAUACAGCAUAACAUGGUGUGCAGAACAUAAAAGGUAAAGGGAACAUUUUUACAGUGCUCUGUGAUUACAUCAUUGCUUUUAAGAGUUGAGCAUACUUUAAAAAAGCAUAUUUAUGAAAAGGGGUUAAUGUAAAUAAGUGCUGUUUAAAAUAAAGCAAGUAGGGAAAUAAAUAUUGCUAUUUGAUGCUGUUGAAAAAUAAUUUGUACAAGAAUCCCCAGGAUUCCCAGAACAGCAGUUGUAUGUAUUACUCAGUUGGGUUUGUUUGUAUUGCAUUGGUUUGCUUUGUUGCAAAUAAACAAAUGGAACUGUUGACUAAAACAGUAAGCAGUCUUGUAGCUAGGAGAAGCAGAUGGUUACAAGAAAUGAAAUUGCAUGCUUGGAAGUCAAUUUCAAGAGCUGGAACAACCUUGCCUCUCCUUCAGUAGUAGGUUCACUACCUCAUCUUUGCAAAUGAAUAGAACGGAAUCUGAAUGAAAUUAAUUCAGGUAAUCCAGUUUGAUGGCAGUUAAAUUGUAAAAAUUAGAGGUGAUAAAUAGUUCUGUGGUGAAAUCCUAUUUUAAGGUCUCAACUUGACAUGCAUUCAUGAGUUAAACUCUUACCCAGGAAAACUUGUCUUAAUGUUGAAGUCCAGAAAUGAAAAAAACUUGGCCAGGGGCAGAGGGAAAUAUUGUCACACAAAUAAAAAUUUAACAAGCUUGGACCAGAAUUUUAAGGAAGCUUAAUGACUACUUUUUUGAAUGUUUCCUUUAGUAGUAAAAGCACUGCAAAAUGACAGUAUUUAGAGCUUUACAACAAAUACAGUAUUUGUAUUAGACUUUUGACAGUUUGUGAUUCCAAAUGA